AUGCAGCGGACGUACUCGCGGUGGGAACGAUCUCCGUCGCAGAUGAGGCGCUCCAAGGAGUGUGGGAGAUCGCCGACGCGCUCGCCACGGCGGGCGGCGUAUCGCGCGGAUCCGGUGACACCAACGGGCGUGCGACGGGAAGGAAGCGGGGAGGAUCUGCGCGUCAGAUCAGAGCCUUGGAGACGUCCCGCAACGAGCAAUCCGUGGCACCUGGCUGGUGGCCAGCGCGGAGGGGACGAAAGGCACCAAGACGAAGACAUGGACGUCGACUCGGCGAGCGAGCGGGGUGAAGAGGAAGAACGGGAAGAGACCCCAUUUGCGCGAGGAGUGGAAGAGCAUGACAUCGAAGGUGGGGAAGAUUCCCCCAAUGCGCGGGGCGGCGGUAGGCGCGUCAACGCCGACGACGAAAGUUCCCCCACUGCGCGGGGCGGCGGGAGGCGCAUCAACGCCGAUAACGAAGGUUCCCCCACUGCGCGGGGCAGCAGGAGGCGCGUCUACGCCGACGACGAAGGUUCCCCCACUGUGCGGGGUGGCGGGAGGCGCGUCAACGCCGACGACGAAGGUUCCCCCACUGCGCAGGGCGGCGGGAGGCGCAUCAACGCCGACGACGAAGGUUCCCCCAUUGCGCGGGGCGGCGGGAGGCGCGUCUACGCCGACGACGAAGGUUCCCCCAUUGCGCGGGGCGACGGAAGGCGCGUCAACGCCGACGACGAAGGUUCCCCCACUGCGCGGGGCGGCGGGAGGCGCGUCAACGCCGACGACGAAGGUUCCCCCACUGCGCGGGGCGGCGGGAGGCGCGUCAACGACGACAACGAAGGUUCCCCCACUGCGCGGGGUGGCGGGAGGUGCGGCAACGUUGAUGAAGGGAAUUUCCCAGCUGCUCAGGGAGAAGGGAAACAAGGGGGCGCUGGAAAGAGAGAGCAUGAGCGGAUCCGAGGCAAGAAGCUGCAGGAGGAUUACAAGGGAGGCGAGACAGAAGAAGGCUCACCUACGAGGCGGCGAGACGAAGAAAGGAAGGAGCAGGGAUGGGGGCCGGCAGUCACCGUACGGGCCAAGGACGGAGGAGAAGGGUUGGGUGAGGAGAGAGCAAGAAUGGCGGCACCAGGAGCGUUCACCUGCGGGGAGGGAACGGGAAUAGACGGAGGGGCACAGAGAAAACCGUGA